UUAUCACAUUGGACAACAUGUAGGCAAGAUAAUUGAUCGACGAUCAUGUAUGUUUAAGAUGCUGAGGAUGUUUGACAGAAAAUGUGUUAAAGACAGGAAGCACUCUGGAUUUUGGUAGACAUGUUGAUUUUAUCCUCUUUUUUUGGUGUAGGCACAGUCAGCUUUGAUCACGUUUUGGAUAAACACGUCGUGUCGCAUAUUUGGAGGAGAUCUUCGUAAUAUCCAAAGUUCAGUUUAGGUUAGUUGACUGGAAACCAUCUGGUGACUAUUUAAUGGGAGGCUUUAAUAAUAGCUAAUAGCUGGGUGAACCAAACCUAGCCAUAUUUAUAAGUUAAUAACUGGGUCUGAAGUUUAUAUAUUAUUCGAGUCUUUACGCUUCCUCACGUCUGUGAGAUUUCAGAUCAUGGUGGAAAACUCUCCCUCUCCUCUGCCGGAGAGGGCCAUUUAUGGGUUUGUUCUUUUCCUUGGCUCGCAGUUUGGUUUCUUCCUGUAUUGCCUGUGGGCUUUCAUACCAGAGGAGUGGCUUCAUUCAAUGGGGCUCACUUAUUGGCCUCAAAAAUAUUGGGCUCUUGCGGUGCCAAUCUAUCUGCUGGUUGCACUAACGAUCACUGUGCUGUUGCUGUUCGGAGUGAACAUGACCAACACGGCUCCCCUCGACUCUGUGGACAACAUCACAGAUGUGUACGCUCAAGGCCAGAAGACUGAAGGCUACCGCAUUGGGGGAAUACCAAGACUGAAAGAUGUCUCCAUUAGUGAAGUCAACAAAAUGUUCUACUUGUCGCCGAAAUGAUAACAAACAGAAACUGAUUUUGGCAGGAGGCAGAGCAGAAGUGAAGGUGCUGGGGAUUUAUGGUAGUGUCAUUGUUCAUUCCUUGUUUAUAAAAUGAUUAUUUAGUUAUUUAUUUAUCCAGAGUAUUGCAACAUGGGGCAAAGGUUUACUGAAUGAACUGACUUUUUCUGAUGCAUUACACUUCUGUACUGGGUCAAAUUAUGUUCUGUGUGUGUGUGUUAAUAAUAGUGGUACACAGAAUGUGAUGUAACACUAUAUCAUGGUUGUCAGAGUCAGAAAGGCAUAUGAUUAUUUUCAAUAAAUUUGACUUUUUAUAUA